CGCCAAGUCUCGUCCCGUCGAGUCUCCCAUCAACAAUGCCGAGUCUUUUUCCAAGCUAUGAACCCACUUUGGUGCCGUCGGCGCUUCCCAGCUUUUCUCCAAGCGCGACACCUAGUGAGGUUCCUAGUACACUCCCGUCUAGUCAUCCGUCGACUGGACCAAGUCUUGGUCCAAGCAAAGCUCCUAGUGGAAAUCCCACCUCUGGACCGUCUCAUCAGCCCAGCACUCUGCCGAGCGUGGCGCCAAGUCUCGUCCCGUCGAGUCUCUCAUCAGCAGUACCGAGUCUUCAUUCAAGUGAAGUACCUAGCCAAGAACCCACUUUGGUGCCGUCGGCGCUUCCCAGCUUUCCUCCAAGCGCGACACCUAGUGAGGCUCCUAGUACACUGCCGUCUGGUCAUACGUCGACUGGACCAAGUCUUGGUCCCAGCAAAGCUCCUAGUGGAAAUCCUACCUCGGGACCGUCUCCUCAGCCUAGCUCUUUUCCAAGCACCAUUCCAAGUGAUAUUUCCAGUAAACCAUUGAGUGAUGUACCGUCCAAAUCACCAAGUGUCGGUUCCAUCAAAGAACCUACCCCAGACCCCUUUCCAGGAUCAACAAUGCUUCCUAGUACUUCCCCCACUCGAAGGCCAACAGUGUCGCCCAGCGAACCGCCAUCAAGACCACCGCUCAGUGUCCCAAAUUUCCUCCCCACCAUACCUAUCGCUUCUCCCAGCCAAGGGCCUUCUCUGCGUCCAGUACUGCCACUCUCCUUUGACUGUUCUCUCAAAAGCAGCGGAUCACGAAGAUCUUGCUCGUUAGACGGUGAUUGUACAGGAGUCGGACGUGUGUGUACGGGAUACAACCCAACACAAGGUGCUUGUUCUGGACAAUGCGCCAAGAUCUGGUGUGGAGUAGGUCGCUGUUCUGAGUCUAAGGACUGCUCCUGGGGUCAAAAAUGCGCGAACGGCGACGCCAGGACUGCUUGCUCUGGAAAGUGCCAAAAUACAUUUGCUUUUCGUCGCCCCUCAUACAAUGGAUUCGAUUUUCGCCGCAUUGUCUUACCGUCAUUUGGAAGAAGUCCGACCGGACCGGCCCCUUCUGGCAAGAAACAUAACCGACAGCGCAAGAAAGCCUCAAAGGCUGCCAAGAAUCGGAAGAAGAGCAAAUCUAGUUCCGCCUCCACCGUUUCGACUUCGUCCUCUAGCCAAGCACAAAAAGCACUGGCACUACAAAGCGCUUCGGCUGCCACG